UUGAAUUAUUAUUCGUUAGCUAAGACUCGAACUCUUGAUCAGGAACCAAAGUCACCAGCUGAUAUUCCAUGGUGGAAUUUCGAUGGUUCAUCAACUGGACAAGCUGAAGGUUCAAAUUCCGAUAUCUAUCUCAAACCGGUGUCGAUCUUCAACGAUCCAUUUAUGCUCGGUAAAAACAAACUUGUCAUGUGUGAAACAUAUAAGUACAAUAAAGAACCAACUGCAACGAAUAAACGAGCUUCAUGUGCAGAAGCAAUGAAAGCAGUAGCUGAUCAACAACCUUGGUUUGGCAUUGAACAAGAGUAUACACUUCUCGAUCGUGAUGGAUGGCCAUUUGGUUGGCCAAAAGGUGGAUUUCCACACCCACAAGGACCCUACUAUUGUGGUGUAGGCGCGUGUGAAGCACUUGGCCGUGAUAUCGUAGAAGCUCAUUACAAAGCCUGUUUAUAUGCUGGUGUCAACAUCAGUGGUACUAAUGCUGAAGUCAUGCCAGCUCAAUGGGAAUAUCAAGUUGGUCCAAGUGUAGGCAUUGAUGCUGGUGAUCAACUCUGGAUAUCUCGUUAUUUAUUAUUACGUAUUGCUGAAGAAUUUGGUGUCCAAGUUAGUUUCAAUCCAAAACCUAUUCCAGGUGAUUGGAAUGGUGCUGGAUGUCAUACAAAUUUUUCAACGUUAGCUAUGCGUGAACCUAAUGGAAUUCAAGCUAUUGAUGAAGCUAUAUCAAAACUUAAACUUCGUCACAAGACACAUAUCGGUGUAUAUGGUAAAGGAAAUGAACGUCGAUUGACUGGAAGACAUGAAACAGCAAAUAUCAAUCAAUUCAAUGCCGGUAUUGCAAAUCGUGGUGCAUCCAUUCGAAUUCCUCGUCAAGUUGGCGAAGAUAAAUGUGGUUAUUUGGAAGAUCGUCGUCCCGCAUCGAACUGUGACCCAUAUGCUGUGACAGAUAUCAUUGUACGAACUGUAUGUCUUAAUGAAAAAGAUACUG